AAAUACGCUCAUGAUAAAAUCCCUAGUACUUGUAUACUGGGCUUUAUUAAAAGUAAUAAAAAAUUAUUUUUAUUUUUACAUAUACUGAUGAUUCAUUGAUAUACUGUCAAAUCGAUAACAAUAUUUUUCAUUUUUAUAACGACGACAAAGAUAAUACAUGACGCACAGGUGUUGUUAAUUAAACAAAUUUUGAAGGAUAAAUAUUUUUUAUUAUUUAAUUAGGAAAAUAUAUACUUGUUCUCUUUGAAAAUAAACAUAAUAAAUUGAGAAAUACGGUCUUGGGAUGUUGAAUUGAAUUACCAGAAUAUUGUAAUCUCUGAUAAACCGGCUUUUUUUUCAGCGAAAAACAGACGAAAAAGAUGUCAAACUGGCAGAGUCCACCCAAUGCUGGAUAUCCAGGUCAACAAGGUGGUUAUCCAUACCCACCACAAAAUCCUGGUUAUCCACCACCCGGAGGAAAUUUUAAUCAAUCAUAUCCACCACCAGGUCCAGGUUUUGUACCACCAGGAGGAGGUAAUUUUGGUCAAGGUCCAUUACCACCACAACCAGGAGUAAUACCACCAUCCGGCAUGUAUGGUUCAAGCUAUGCUGAAGAUCCCAAUCGGGAUGAAGUCAAAGGAUUUGAUUUCAAUGAAAAAAGUAUACGUUUGGGUUUCAUCAGAAAAGUUUAUUCACUUCUUAUGUGUCAAUUGUUAUUGACAUUUGGAAUUGUUUCACUAUUUGUUCUUCAUAAACCAACACAACAAUUUGGAAUGCGUAAUCCAGGUUUAAUUUGGGUUGCACUUGGUGUUACAAUUGUAACUCUUAUUUGUAUGGCAUGUUGUUCCAGUGUCAGACGUAAAGCACCAAUGAAUUUUAUUUUUCUAUUUAUCUUCACUGGUGCUGAAGGUUUUCUUAUUGGUGUUAUGACACUAAGAUAUUAUCCACAAGAGGUACUUCUUGCUCUUGGAAUAACAGCAGUUAUUUGUUUUUCAUUGACACUAUUUGCAUUCCAAACAAAGUGGGAUUUCACAGGAUUACAUACUGUUUUAUUCGUUUGUGCAAUUGGACUAAUGAUUUUUGGAUUUCUUACAAUAUUUUGGCAUGGAAAAACAACAACAAUUAUUUAUGGCUCAUUAGGAGCAAUAUUGUUUUCAUUUUAUCUUAUUUAUGAUACACAAAUGAUGAUGGGUGGUAAACACAAGUAUUCAAUAUCACCAGAAGAGUAUGUGUUUGCAACACUCAGUCUCUAUCUUGAUGUUAUCAAUAUUUUCCUUUAUAUUCUCACUAUUAUUGGAGCAUCUCGUGAUUAAAUUUAUAUUUACUUUUUCGUUUUUUAUUUUCGUUAAAAGCCAUGGUAUAUUUUUAACUAAAAAAUUAAAUCAUAAAUAUAUUGACAAUUUUCUAUCAAACAUCUAGUUUUCUAGACGGAAAAAGCAUCUAAAUUAACAAAAAAAAAAACAAAUUGUCAUACCGUGGCUAUUAUUAUUAUUUGUGUGUUGAAAAUAAAAGUUUUUUUUUUUUUUUCAUAUAAAUUGUAAGACUUGCAAAAAACAAAAAAUGCAUCGAAACAAAAUAUAAUAUUACAUUUAUUAUAAUGCUUAAGAUUAUUAAUUUUACACGUAAUUUUUAAAUAAUAAUAUUAAAUUUUUCGAUGCAAACUUUUUUUGUAAAAACAAUAAUAACUGAAGAAACAAAAAACAAAAAAAUCACCAAUUUUUUUUACAAUUAAUUCACAUUGAAAAUUAUGAUUGCUUUAAUUUAAUGUCAUUAUUGUUAGUUUAUUUAUGUGAUUAUUGCAGUGAUUAAUUUCAUAUAUUUCUGUUUCAUAUUUAGCUUUUUGAAUGAAGACAUAAUGAUUUAUGUUUUACCUUUUACCUUCAUGUUCAACAUAAUAAACGUUCCAAAUAAUGUCAGAGACAAACAAAUAUAAUAAAAUAUAUUUAUUUUCAUUAAAACAUAAAUAAAUCAUUUGAAUUAUUAUUUUAUUUUUGUCUCAUAAAUUAAUAAUAUAAAUAAAAAAAUGAGCUCUAUGUUAAUUUUAGAUUAUUGUUGCAUUGUGAACAUUUGAUAGUAAUUAUUAAUUAAUUAUUAUCGAAAUUGUAAAUGCCAUUUGGCUUGAAAUGUCAGUUUGAAGAAUCAAUCAAUACCUCUUUGUUGUUUAAUUAAAUAUACAUAAGUAAUAAUUCAGUCUACAAAAACAAAAUAAAUAAAUAUUCUAAUAAUUAA